CCCAACGCCCCCAUCUACCCGUUGUCUAGCCGAGACAAACAUUUCUUCGCUCCGUGCACUCCCAUCACAAACCUCGCUCUCAGUUCGCCAUGUCCGCUCGUCGGUCCCUAAAGGACCAGCUCGCAGAGCUCUCACAGCCAGCUCCUGUUGACCUCGACCCUGAGGAAGCUCUCGCAGGAGAUGACCCCUCAGAACAUCGAUGGUCCAUCGAUCAUUCUGCUGCCAGACAACACUACAUCGACGUCGCACCGUCCACGCUACGUAAGUUACACGAAAGCGUGAGCGACCCAAAGUACGACGGUGUCCGCACGAGCCGCAAAAAGCUCUACGAAGAUAGCGACGGAGAGAAUGAGCCCGGCGAGGAUGCAGACGUCCGAACCUUCUCAGACGAGGAAGCUGACGAAGACCUGAGCGAGGCUGGUACUGAAGAAGACAAAGAGCUGCGCAGCCCGCACGAGGAUGAGACCUCUCAAGACGAAUCUGGUAUUGGAUCCGAAGACGAAAGCUCCCAGUCGCCUAGAACACCCCAUCGACAGGUCAAUGAGGCGUUUUCACGACCCUCGAACACCAACAUCAAUGAUAACGGGGCACCGGAAAAGACUCAGCCAGAGGGUGAUAUCGCCUCUAAUCUUCGCGUGACCCACGAGGCCGACAAGAGGAAGGGCCGGGCGGUAUCACGUCAGAUUGCCUUGUGGGACACGUUGCUCGACGCGCGUAUUCAGUUGCAAAAGGCCGUCACUGCUGCAAAUCGUCUCCCCCUACCUAGUGAGUCGGCACGUUACACGUCGCAUCCUCAUGCACGAGACGCAUUGGAUGGCUUGUUGAACGUGGCCAGCAGUCUCACGGAAGAAUUGCUCACUUUGCAAGGGGAUCUCUUACACUUCAACGAGUCGAUCGAAACUCCGCCGAGAAAGCGGCGCAGGCUAGAUGCAUUAUCAGAGUCGGAUCCCGCCGGUUCGUACGGGACGGCAUUGCAAGAGCUGUCGGCGUCUGCAUCAGCCCUCGAGGCAGCCUACCACCCCUGGCUCGUGGACACGCUUUCGAAAUGGUCCGCCAAGGUGCAAGCCGUGGCUCCCAACGUCCUUCUCCCAGACGCCCGCGGGUCGUUCAUGCGGGACGGCAAAUCGGGUCAGAUCGGCGUCGUGAGCCUAAUUGACGAUACCUUCCGCUCAGAUGGAACGAAACUGCUCGAUCGGACACGAAAGCGGAAGGACAAGCAUGUCCGCAUUGGCCAGCACCGACCGACACCGAGCGAAGACGGCGAUGGACGCGGAGAUGCGGAGGACCGGGAGGAGCAGCCGGACAUGGACGUCUUCGAUGACACCGACUACUACCAGCAGCUACUCCGCGAUGUCAUCGCCGCUCGCGGGGGCAGCGACGGGCAAGGGGGGGAGGCCCAGUGGCAGAUCCAGCAGAGGGAGCGGAGGGCGAAGCGGAAGAAGACGGUGGACACCAAGGCGAGUAAGGGGCGGAAGCUUCGGUAUGAAGUUCAUGCGAAGUUGCAGAACUUCAUGGUGCCUGUGCCGGUCGUGGGAGGGGAAUGGCAUGAAGAGCAGAUUGAUGGACUGUUCUCGUCCUUGCUGCAGACCUAGUCAGAAUCCGAGGAUCCUAGCACAUCGUUCGUGAGGCGUCUAUCGCGGUGUUGGCGCCGCGCCGGGUGAUGGCACGGUGUGUAGGCAGGUCGAUUGUCAGUUGUGCGCACUAGAUGGCGACGAUAUGGAAGUCGUUGGACGC